AUGGAGAUUAACGGAUCACAGAACGGAGGAGUCGACGCUAUGUUAUGCGGCGGAGAGAUCAAGAAAAAUGUGACGGUGGUUGGUGCAGAUCCUCUCAACUGGGGAGCUGCGGCUGAGCAAAUGAAAGGGAGCCAUUUGGACGAAGUGAAGAGAAUGGUUGAGGAAUUUAGGAAGCCAGUUGUGAAUCUCGGAGGUGAGACUCUUACGAUUGGACAAGUGGCAGCGAUCUCGACCGUUGGAAAUGGUGUGAAGGUAGAGUUGUCGGAGACGGCGAGAGCCGGUGUGAAGGCGAGCAGUGAUUGGGUCAUGGAGAGUAUGAACAAAGGCACUGAUAGUUAUGGUGUUACUACUGGUUUUGGUGCUACUUCUCAUCGGAGAACCAAAAAUGGUGUCGCACUUCAGAAGGAGCUUAUAAGAUUCCUGAACGCCGGAAUAUUCGGCAGCACGAAGGAAACAUGCCACACGCUGCCGCACUCCGCCACGAGAGCCGCCAUGCUCGCCAUCACCAGUCUUCCUCAACAACAACAUCACUCCUUCUCUCCCCUCCGUGGAACAAUCACCGCCUCCGGCGAUCUCGUCCCUCUCUCCUACAUCGCCGGACUCCUCACCGGCCGUCCCAAUUCCAAAGCCACCGGUCCCAACGGUGAAACCUUAACCGCUGAGGAAGCCUUCAAAAAGCCGGAAUCAGCCUCCGGAUUCUUCGAUCUGCAGCCCAAGGAAGGUUCGCUCGUUAACGGCACGGCGGUUGGAUCUGGAAUGGCGUCGAUGGUUCUAUUCGAAGCGAAUGUUCAAUCUGUUCUGGCGGAGGUUUUAUCAGCGAUUUUCGCGGAGGUGAUGAGCGGGAAACCUGAGUUCACCGAUCAUCUGACUCACAGAUUGAAGCAUCACCCGGGGCAAAUCGAAGCGGCGGCGAUAAUGGAGCACAUCCUCGACGGAAGCUCGUACAUGAAAUUGGCUCAAAAGCUUCACGAGAUGGAUCCGUUGCAGAAGCCGAAACAGGACCGUUACGCUCUCCGUACCUCUCCUCAAUGGCUCGGCCCUCAGAUCGAAGUAAUCCGUCAGGCGACGAAAUCGAUCGAGCGUGAAAUCAACUCCGUCAACGACAAUCCGCUAAUCGACGUCUCCAGGAACAAGGCGAUUCACGGCGGUAACUUCCAGGGAACGCCAAUCGGAGUUUCUAUGGACAACACGCGUCUCGCGAUCGCAGCGAUUGGGAAGCUAAUGUUCGCUCAAUUCUCGGAGCUUGUUAACGAUUUCUACAACAAUGGACUUCCUUCGAAUCUAACAGCUUCCAACAACCCAAGCUUGGAUUACGGAUUCAAAGGAGCAGAGAUCGCCAUGGCUUCUUACUGCUCAGAGCUUCAAUACCUUGCGAAUCCAGUCACUAGCCACGUUCAAUCAGCUGAACAACACAACCAGGAUGUGAACUCUCUCGGAUUAAUCUCGUCUCGCAAAACUUCUGAAGCUGUUGACAUUCUCAAGCUAAUGUCAACGACGUUCCUCGUAGCUAUAUGCCAAGCGGUUGAUUUGAGACACUUGGAAGAGAAUCUGAGACAAACGGUGAAGAACACAGUUUCUCAGGUGGCUAAGAAAGUACUAACCACUGGAGUCAACGGUGAGCUACAUCCGUCACGCUUCUGCGAGAAGGAUUUGCUCAAGGUCGUCGAUCGUGAACAAGUGUUCACAUACGUGGACGAUCCCUGUAGCGCCACGUACCCACUGAUGCAGAAGCUGAGACAAGUCAUCGUCGAUCACGCUUUGUCCAACGGUGAGACGGAGAAGAACGCAGCUACUUCAAUCUUCCAGAAGAUCGUAGCUUUCGAGGAGGAGCUCAAGGUGGUGCUUCCAAAGGAAGUGGAUGCGGCUAGAGCGGCGUACGGUAACGGAACCGCGGCGAUUCCGAACAGGAUUAAGGAAUGCCGGUCGUAUCCGUUGUACAAAUUCGUGAGGGAGGAGCUUGGGACGAAGUUGCUGACCGGAGAAAAAGAUGUGUCCCCAGGAGAAGAGUUUGAUAAGGUUUUCACUGCAAUGUGUGAAGGCAAGAUUAUUGAUCCGUUGAUGGAUUGUCUCAAGGAAUGGAACGGAGCUCCGAUUCCGAUUUGCUAA